GAGAGAGAGAGAGAAAGAGAGAGAGAGAGAGGGGGGGAGAAAGAGCCAACACACCGCUCUCCCUCUGUGCGUUUCACCGGCCAGCAUGGUGCAGAAAAUGAGCCACACGGAGAGCACCGCCGAGGCGCUGUCCUUCUUUGCCGGGGACUCGAGCUCCGACUCCGGGGCAUGCAUGGACCUGGACCCGGCCGCCUCGCCGCUCUCCCCGGGCUCCACAGCCUCCUCCACCGCCGGCGACAAGUUGGGCGAGAACCCGGCGUGGUGUAAAACUCCCAGCGGCCACAUCAAGAGACCCAUGAACGCCUUCAUGGUGUGGUCCCAGAUCGAGAGGAGAAAGAUCAUGGAGCAGUCCCCGGACAUGCACAACGCGGAGAUCUCCAAGCGGCUGGGGAAGCGGUGGAAGCUGCUCAGAGACAGCGACAAGAUCCCCUUCAUCAGAGAGGCGGAGCGGCUCAGGCUCAAGCACAUGGCGGACUAUCCCGACUACAAGUACCGGCCAAGAAAGAAGGUAAAAUCAAGCGCGUCUAAGCCAGGAAGCGGCGGGGACAAGGGGGACAAAGUGAACAGUAGCUCCAACAACACCAGCACUAAGUCAUCCUCCUCCUCGAGGAAGAAUGGAUCCAAAUCACCCAGCAGCAGCAAACCCCACAAAUCAUUUUUCGGGAGCAGUAGCACCAAAGCAUCACUGUUUGGCUCCGAGCACCCGGCGGAGCACCACCACAACUCUCUUUACAAGUCCAAAUCCGUGUCCUCGGCGGCCAAGCAGAUCCCGGAUGGCAAGAAGCCCAAGCGGGUGUACGUGUUCGGGAGCAGCGCGGCCAGCCUGAGCGUCAGCCCCGCGUCCUCCGUCGUGGUGCCCGCCAGCCCCACACUCAGCAGCUCGGCGGACUCCAGCGACCCGCUCAGCCUGUACGAGGACGCGGCGAGCGGCCGGGAGGAGGGAGCGGACUCCCCCGGCAGCGGCGGCGGCAGCCUGGGCGGGUCUUCGGAGCGCCGCGGCGGCCACACGUACAGCAGUCGGCGGGCUUCCUCGCCCACUCCCUCCGGCUCGCACUCCUCCGCCUCGUCCCACUCGUCCUCCUCCUCCUCCUCUUCCUCCGAGGACGAAGAGUUCGAGGACGACCUGCUCGACAUCAACCCGAGCCCCAGCUUCGACAGCAUGUCGCUGGGGAGCUUCGGCUCCUCGGUGCUGGACAGGGACUGGGAUUUGAACUUUGAGUCCGGCUCCGGGGGGUCCCACUUCGAGUUCCCCGACUACUGCACGCCCGAAGUCAGCGAGAUGAUCUCCGGAGACUGGCUGGAGUCCACCAUCUCCAACCUGGUGUUCACGUACUGAGGUGCGCCCGGAUAAACCGCGGGGGUCACCGAGCGACAGGUAACCAUGAAUAGAACCAGGGAGCUCCUGCAUCAGGGGGCGCAGCAGUUUGUGUUCAAGCCACUGAAACUAGUCCCCGUCCCUUCUCGCCCGUGCGAGGCAAGAGCUGCAGAUCCUUGGAAAGCUAAACUCUGAAGCAGAUAAAGUUGCUUUUUGUACUUUUCUUCGGAUGCGUGGACUGUGGGACUCGGCACAGCCACGGAAAGUGGAGGGAGAGCAGCAGCAGCAGAGGAGGAAGAGGAGAGAGAGACUGACUGAAACAGACCCGGACUGUUUCUGAACAAAACUUAACUGUGAUUGAUUUGCACGUUACGCGGUCCGCCGUUCACUUAAUCAAUGUUGUUGCUGAUUUCUUUUUUUAAUUUCGAGAAAAAAAAGGGACAUUUCACAACUUUUUACCAAUCGCCAAGUGAACUUCACCACUAGAAAAAGGUACAGAAAUAGGACUGCCGUGCGACAUUUUUAUUGUGGUGUGUCACCGAGUGGGAUUUUUAAUGAAACCGAGGUGGGUUGGUGUUUUUUAAUUUUAAUUUUUUUGUUUUUUUCCAAAAGCAAAAAAAAAAAAAAAAAAAAAAAGUGUAAAGCAUGAUAGCCUACUUUGUUCCUAUCUUGUGCUGAGAUUUUCUGUGAGAGCAGUUUAAAAACUAGUAUUAGGGUUAUUUAAAUGGAUAGGUGGCGCUCGCUUCGGUUCUUCUCUUUAAAAAAAAAGGACAUUGAAAUAAUCACCAGCUGUCGUAAUCUUUCAGACUUCAGGACUCAAACGCAACUUCAAAUCUGUGCUGAACUUUAUACACUUGUUCUCUAUGAUUCAGGACCAAAAUGUUGAUUUCAGAUGAUAGCUAUAGAGAAAUCCUCACCGAUUGUUUUCAUCCUCUGAGCUUUGUUUUUGUACAUGUAUUCAGAUGCCAUUUUAUAUGGGAUGUUGUAUUUAUAUACUGGGCCAAGCAUUUUUGACUUGAUCAUUUUUUAUUUCUUGUACACAUGAUCUAGUCCUGUUUUUAUUUUCUGUCAGUAUCUCUGUGUCUGUCACAUUUCCUUCUCAGGCGAAGGGCUAGAGUUUAAAAAAACACACAACUUUUGAUUUCUUUUUAUAUUUAAAUGUACACACUUUUGGACACUUAAAAGAGAGGAAACAGUUUGAUUAUUUUCUCAGUGUAUUUUUGUACAAAUCUAUAUAGAAAAGGGGAGUCAAGAAUCGGUGUGUGUAGCCUACUAUUACAGCUGGAUUUCCUAAUUUUUAAUACCCUGGCAGACUGGUUUUCAUGCUGCCUUCAAGUGCUCAUGGUAAGCUCGUAAAUUUAUGACGCUCUGUGCUGCCUGGAUUGCUUUUGUACUUACAGCCAGCGGAGCAGACCUUAUAACACUGUGGUGCCUAUUGUUUGAGUUUAGAAAUAGUGAGUAGGUACCAAGCUAUUUUUUACUUAAAGCGGGGAGCUGAUAUAAAUCAGGUGUAUAACUUAGGUUAUAAUUAACUAAUUAUGUCUAACGUCUACCAGCAAACACUGACAAGACUUGUUUGUUUGCCUGCACAUUCACGUGCUGGCAGCGGCUCACAAGCAGAAUAUAGUGCAGUUU